AUGGCUGUCCUUAACGGCGGCAAGAAGCAUUGGUGGUUCACACACAAGAAGCUUGUUGAUAAAUACAUUAAAGACGCAAGGGCUCUAAUGGCGAGCGAGGACCAAAACGAUGCCGCUUUAGCCAUUCGUAUACUUGAAGAGGCUUUAGCGAUCUCGCCGCGUUUGGAAAUUGCGUUGGAGCUUAAAGCCAGAGCUCUGCUUUUUCUUCGUCGUUACAAGGACGUAGCUAAUAUGCUUCAAGAUUACAUUCCAAGCCUGAACCUCGCCGUGAACGACGAAGCUGAUGGAUCCGUUUCCUCCGAGGGCUCUUACUCUUCCUCCUCCUCCUCCUCCUCUCAACUCUCCCGGAAACUUCUCUCUCCUUGCCGUGACUCCUCCUCCUCCACCUCAUUCACGUGCUUCUCUCUUUCUGACUUGAAGAAGAAAGUAAUGGCAAGGAUCUUUAGAAACUGCGAUAAAGAUAAACAAUGGAGAUAUGCUGUGUUGGGACAAGCUUGUUGCCACCUAGGAUUAAUGGAGGACGCAUUGGUUCUUCUACAAACCGGAAAACGCCUCGCAACCGCCGAGUUCCGUCGUCAGAGUAUAUGCUGGUCCGAUGACAGCUUAUCUCUCCUUCUCUCUGAAUCAUCGUCAUAUUCUGCUUCUCCUCCAGGCAAAGUGAGCGAAUGCGAAACCGUCUCUCGCCUUCUCGCCCACACAAAACUCCUCCUCCGUCGUCGCGCCGCCGCAUUCGCCGCAUUUGACGCAGGCCAUUUCUCAGAAUCGAUCCGCCACUUCUCCAAAAUCCUCGACGGCCGUCGUCGCCCGGCGCCGCAAGGAUUUCUCGCCGAUUGCUAUAUGCACCGCGCCGCCGCUUACAGAUCCGCCGGGAAAAUCGCGGAGGCGAUUGCCGAUUGCAACAAAACGCUAGCCCUCGAGCCAUCGUGCAUCCACGCGUUGGAGACUAGAGCCGCGCUUCUGGAAACGGUUCGGUGUUUACCGGAUUCGCUUCACGAUUUAGAGCACUUGAAGAUUCUAUACAACACGAUCUUACGCGAUCGGAAACUUCCCGGACCACCGUGGAAACGGCACAAUGUGAAGUACAGAGAAAUUCCGGGGAAAUUAUGCGUUUUGACGACGAAAUCGAAGUUUUUGAAAGGGAAAAUCGCGAAUGGAGAAAUCGGGAAUGUCGAUUGCUACGGAUUGAUCGGAGUAAAACGCGGAUGCACGAGAUCGGAGCUCGAUCGAGCGAAUCUCUUGUUGUGUCUCAGGCAUAAACCUGAUAAGGCUUUGUCGUUCAUCGAUCGUUGUGAUUUCGUCGAUCACCAGGAGGUUGAUUCCGUCAAAGAUCGAGCGAGGAUGUCUUCGUUGUUGCUUUACCGUUUGAUUCAGAAAGGUUAUUCCGUUUUGACGGCGGCAAUAGCUGAGGAGGAACAGAGGAAGAUGAUGAUGGCGUUGACUCAAAAGUCAACGAAAAUGGUUGAAGACCACGAACCGGUUGAGAAACCUGGUUCAAUGAGUAUAAACGGUUUCUCGGAAGUAAAACCGGGAAAUUCAACCGCGUAUCAAGGAGUUUUCUGCCGAGAUCUUGUCGCGGUUGGGCAUUUAUUAUCGAGGACCGGUUUUAACCAACCGAUUCCAAUGAAAUUCCAAGCCCUCAGUUGUUGA